GAAUUGUCAUCAUAAUGCCCAGUCUUUCUCAGAAGGCAAUCUGUGGCGCUCGCUCCCAAACGUUGAUAUUCCCUAUUUCGUAUAUGUCUAAACCUUCUUUUUGUCACUAAUCAAUCGUAAAAUGCAGAAGUAUUUCUCGAGGAUCGAGGUCGGAGGUGUGAAGUAUUAUCUACUGACAGAACUAUACAACAAAGGUAAAAAUGGAUUCGAUCUGACAGUCUGUAAUGGUGAAGAUGUUUGGCGGGAAUCAGUUGAUUCACUGACUAUUGAAUCCAUGGCCAAGACUGCAGAUAUGAGUGUGUCAGAAUUUGCAGAUGAGACAGGUAGAGCCCUGACGGGCCAGACAGUAGGUCAGGAUAAUUUUGUCUACCAAGCCAAGUUGAAAGGAUCCAAUUUACAGUUUUCUUGGAAAAAACACGUUGGAGAUGGUGUCAAGUUUCAGCUUGGAUCAUUGAGUCUAUCAAAAGUUUGUAAUGACAGUGUCCUUGUCAUCAGUAGCAUUUUUGACCUGGCAGUGGACCAAAUGACACAGCUGAAGCAAGAAAUGUCUUCCUUGAGAUCUGACAAUGCAAGACUUUCUUCCGAAAGGAAAGAUGCUUUGAAGCUGCUCGAUAAAUGUGUGACGGCCAAGGAAGAAAUGGAGAAAGAUUUAUUUGAAAAGUUUGCUGCUGUGCUCAAUGACAAGAAAAGCAAAAUCAGGCAGUUAAAAGAAUUAGUCAAUGAGGCAGCUUCUGCUGAACCUGUACGAGGCAAUAAGAUAGCUGACUCACCUAACCAAAGUAACUCACAUGACCAGCGCAAAGGAAAGUCCAAAGGAAAAGCAAACAGGCAUGAAGACUCAGAGGAUGACACUGACAUUGAAAAAAUGGAAUUAGAGGAUUCACCUGUCGCAGAUUCUAUGAAAGGAAGUGAACAGAAACCAGCUUCAUCAUGUUUUAGUCCGUCGCUUUUACCAGAGGAAAAUGAGAGAUUUGAACCUACAGUUAAAAGACGCCGCCGGCGCGAUCCAAAGCCUAAAGAAUCCCCAGCAGCUAAGCUUGUUCUACCCAAGGUACCCUCUGUGAAGAAGACUCCUAGCAGCUCAUCAGGGGAGAGUUCGACUUCAUCUCGUUCACGACUCCGUCAACGAGACUCGGAAAAGUCUUUACCGGAUGCUGACGAUUUAAUGGCUGAAAUGGAACUGUGAAACUAAAACCUUGCGUUGAUCACGUGACUUGUGAAAUGGGCCGCUUUUUUGGCAGAAGAUGCACUGAUUCGAAAUAACCCUAGCAUGUGAAAGCACCAGACAGCUCCGCUUGUGAUUCAUGGACUGAUUACUUAAAGAUGGCCGAUAAUGGUCACCAGCACUUGUGCUUUAUUGGAUCAAUAUUGCCACCCUACUGAUGUCAGAGGAAAAGAGACACUGUGCUCCAGACAUGGCCAACAGGACCCAUUCAUGAACCCGUCCCCUACAAUAGGCCUAAUCGGCCUAAUCACGGUUUUCGACGCCAUCUUGCCGGGUAGGCAAAGCGGUCAGAAAUUACAGUGUUUGUAUGGGAAUCGGAUUUUCAAUAAAACCUAUUGCAUCUGA